AUGUCUCCACACUUUCUCUCUCUCUCUCUCUCUCUCUCUCUAUCUAUCUAUCUAUCUAUCUGUCUGUCUGUCUGUCUGUCUCCUACACUCUGGCUUUCAAACUUUUACUCUCACUUUCCCUGUCUUUCUCUCUCUCUCUUUCUCUCUCUCACUUUCUUUUUUUCUCUCACUCUCUCUUCCUCGUUUUCUCUUUCUCUAUCGUUAUCUUUCUCUCUCUCUCUUUCUCUUUCUCACUUUAAUUCUUUCUCUCACAGUCUUUCUCCUUUUCUCUUUCUCUAUCACUAUCUUUUUCUCUUUCUCUCUCUCUUUCUCACUUUCUUUCUUUCUCUAACUCUCUCUUCCUCGUUUUCUCUUUCUCUCUCUCUAUCUUUUGCACUUUCUCUCUCUUCCUUUCUCUUUCUCACUUUCUUUCUUUCUCUCACACUCUUUCUCCUUUUCUCUUUCUCUCUCGCUAUCUUUUUCUCUUUUCUCUCUCUUUCUCUUUCUCACUUUAAUUCUUUCUCUCACUCUCUAUUUCUUGUUUUCUCUUUCUCUACCACUCUCUUUCUUUCUCUUUAUCUCUCUCUUCCUCUCUCUUCUUCUCUAUUCCUCCCUCUCUCUUUUUGCGCGCGCUCAAUAAAAAUCAUUUUAUCGGUGACCUUAUACCCUCGUACACAGCCACUCUUUCCAUCUUUAUUUUCUUUUCUCUCUCUCUAUCUAUCUAUCUAUCUAUCUCUCACUCACUCACUUACUCUCGCUAAUCUUCUAUCUUUGUCAUUUUCUUUCUUACAUUUUUCUUUCUUUUUUCUUUCUUUCGUUUUCUUCUUUCUUUUAUUUGUUCGGAUUUUCUUUCUUUUUUCUUUCUUUUUUCUUUCUUUUUUCUUCCAUUUUUCUUUUUUUUCUUCUUACUUUUUUUUUCUUUCUUUUUUUCUGUGUUUCUUUUUGUUUUUUUAUUCUUCUUUCAUUUUUUUUUCUUUUUUCUUUUCUUAUCUUUUUUUCUUAUUCUUGCAAAUCUUUUUUUAUUUCUUAUCCUUUUCUUUUUUUAUACUAUUUUUCAUUCUUUUUUAUUCUUUUUUCUUUCAUUCUUUCAUUCUUUUUUUUCUUUUACUCUUUUUUUUUAUUAUUCUAUUCUUUCAUUCUUUUUUAUUCUUUUAUUCCUUCCCUUUUCUUAUCUUUUUCUGUUUUUUUAUUCUAUUCUUGCAUUCUUUUUUAUUCUUUUAUUCCUUCCCUUUUCUUAUCCUUUUCUGUUGUUUUUAUUCUAUUCUUUCAUUCUUUUUUAUUCUUUUAUUCCUUCCCUUUUCUUAUCUUUUUCUGUUUUUUUAUUCUUUUUAUUCCUUCCCUUUUCUUUUCUUUUUCUGUAUUUUUUCCUUUUCUAGUCUUUCAUACUUUCUGCCUCUUUUUUCUAUUCUUUCUUUCUUUCACGAUCUUCACAUUAGUAUCUAUGCAUUUAUCUACCACUUUUCGCUUGUCACAUAUUUUCUUUCUUUUCUUUUCUUUUUUCUGUUCUUUCUUUCUUUUUAA